UAUCUUCCUCAGUACUGCGUUGGAUUUCGUCGCGUUCGAGUCGUUACUGAAAUUUUCAAUACAAAAGUAUAAUCUGUUUUUGUUGAAAAAAAAGUAGUUCUUGUGUUGUGAGGGGUUGAAUCAAAUAAUGGAUCGUCACUUUCAGAGGUAAUCAUGCUAAAAUUUGUUUUGAUAUCUGCCCUGGUGGCUGGAGCUUCUGCAGGAUAUGCCAGCAGUCAGUACGCCGGUGCCGGUACGUCCUCGGGUCUGUACAACCAGGUCAACUCCGGCCAAAAUGCCUAUGCUGACAAGUACCCCUAUACCAAUACAGGUUACAAUGGGGGCUUCCAGUCGCAGUACGCCGGCCCCAACGGAAUAGCAGCCUCGGCCGGAUCCGGUGCAUUCGUACCCGGAUUUGCCCCGUUCCAGCCGGUGCCAGCGUUCCCCUCCGCUUUCGAUUUCAACAGCUUCUACCAGGGACUGCAAGCCAACUUUGCCAACGCCGCGGCGACACAGGCUUACGCGACGGGAGGAGCCACGGCCGUUGCAUCUGCUUCGCAGUUUAGCUAUCCAGGAUAUUACCAACAAAGGGCACCGGCGCCACCGUAUGGUCAACAGCACCACGGGCAGCAUCAGCAGUAUCAACAGGCGAUGCCUUAUCAGCAACGUGGUCCGCAGUAUGCAGCAUCGGCCAAUUCAUACUAUUACAACAACUAUGACAAUGGUUACAGUAACUACGACAACGCUUAUAAUUUGUACCAGCAACAGCUCGCCCAUCAGAAUGCACUGUUCAACCAGAUUCGUCAGCAACAGGCCUUUGCCGCCAAUGCUGGAGCUGGAGCCGGAGCCGGUGCUGGAGUAGGUGGUGGGUUUGUUUCUGGCGGUAACUAUGGUGGGGCCCCAGGAUACGCAGGAGCAUCGGCUGCCUAUGGACCGGGAGGAACUCACCAGACGGCACAUAUCUACCCGGAGAAUCCCCAAUCACCUAACGUUGAUGUCAGUAACCGAUUUGGUGGUGGACAACCACAGGGAGGACCAGGAUUCGUUGGCGUUUCAAGCUUCUCAUCGUCUUCGAACGUUAAUGGACAGUCGCAUCGUGAAGCUUCGACAACAGUGAAUGAUAACGGAAAGGUUACUACUUACCAUGUGCGUUCGUAAAUGUGGACCGGUGCAUCGAAGAUGAGACCAGGAACUUGGAGAAAUAUUGGACAAAUAUUGGAAGAGUAUUAAGAAUAUUGCAUUUUCCUUUACAAAAGACAAACAACUAUUCAACGCUUAUGUGGAUUGAUUCCACCGUACUUACAUUCUACGCGGAUACAUGCUUUGCAAGUAAUCUGCUUUGAACAAGACGUUUCGACAAAUAAACUAAAUUUAUUUUUAAGAUA